GCGCCGUCAAUCAUCACCUCCAAGAUCUGAGGAGAUGUACACAAUGCUGUCAACCGACCCUCUGGGAUUCCUUCUCCCCAUCGCCCUUGCACUCUCCAUACUACACCUCCUCUGUCCUAGAGUGUUCAACUGCCUCUUCAUUUCUCUAGGCCUUCUGAUAGCAAAAGCCGAUGACACAACCACGAAAGACGUUUGUCGGUAGUAUGGUGAUGGUAAAGGUUUUGGUGUUUACAUUCGC